GACUUCUUGCACCAGCGUCUACCGACGCCAAUUCUGGCAGCACUACAUACAAUAGCCUCAUGUGUCCAUCCUUCACGUAUAACCAGAUGCCCACGGGUACCUGGACUUUGCAAUUCUCGCAGCCGACCACCUCGGGAUUCGCGCCCCUGGUCUUUGUCGUCACUUCUCCUACAUAUGUAACAGACUACGUCUACGGCACGAUAACAAGUUCUACGACACUGCCUCCAGUCGCAACAAGUACUACGACAACAAGUCAGACAACCGGCACAACAACCUUGGUAAAUACUCUCGCACCUGAACCAUCAUCCACUACCACCGCUACGGCGUAUUCUACCACAGUCUUUGCUACUGAUUACUCAACUCCACCGCCUUCUUCUACUCAAGUUGUUACUGAAUAUACGAGUACCAUUCUAUCGACUAUCACCUUGUCCACCGAACCCUCUUCGACCACGACAGUGACAGAAUAUUCCGGCACUUCCGUAGCUACCGAACUCAGCACAAGCACUCUUGACAAUAUCGCAACGCUCACGGAAUACAUAUGCUCAAGCUCUUCCUCUAGCUCGAGCUCCUCCUCAAUUCCUGCAGCAGCCACGCCAACGCCCCUCUCAUGUCCUAACGAUGACGGGAAAUCGUAUACGGCCGCAGAUGGCGCAGUCUUCACUAUCGAAUGUGCCACUGAUCACUACGGCGGAAAUCUGGCUAUGUCUUAUCAAGACAAUCUCGAGGAAUGCAUCGAGCUAUGCGACAGUACUGCUGGAUGUGUUGAUGUUUCUUUCCUGCCCGGCAAUCCUAGCGGUCCCUGCUAUCUCAAGCAGAGCGUUGGAGAAAUGGAAACGAACAGCGAAGUUUGGGGCGCGCUGAAAGUCAGUGGCUCUACAGCUACCGCCUCAUUCUCCUCUCCGUCUUCGUCGAGUAUACCAGUCACCAGCUCACCUACCGGUGUCUCCUCGGCUUGUCCGAACGGAAUUUCUUCGUCUGCACCCUCGUGUCCUAAUUCGGAUGGUACAUGUUAUGCUGUGAACGGAGCCCUGUAUAGUAUUUCUUGCUUUACAGACGAUUACGGCAGCGAUAUCUCACUGAGCUGGGAAUCCACCUUCCAGGCCUGCCUUACCACCUGUUCCAUCACCCCCGGCUGCAUCGAUGUCUCUUACGCCGCGUCAAGCGACGGCGGAAACGCGCCCUGCUACAUGAAAUCAGCUGUAGGGGAAGCUAGGUCAGAUAGCCGCAUCUGGGGCGGCCGACUAAUCUCAUCCGCUGCGAGCUCCACCACGUCGACUUCAGUCUCAGCUUCCUCGACAUCUGAAACUUCGAGCUCGGCGUCUUCAACCACCCUGACAACGAUGAUAUCCACCGCCGUACCGUUCAAGGCACGCGCAAGCGUCGCAGCUGCCUUCACCAAGACGCCCAACUACACAUACCCGCCCAUCCCGCACACCACUGUCACGACCGGCCCUGUAACCACGAAAACUGUCACGCCAUCCCCGUCUGGCAUCGCAACCUCAACCUCCUACAUUCUCGCGACGACGACAUCGACUCAGACGCCUGCUCCGAGCGGCGUGAGGACGAGUACGGUCACGACAGCGAGUACGUCGCAUGUUACGGUGACUUACCCGCCGAGCGUGGCUACUUCGACGCUGCAGACGGAUUCGACGAGCUUCACCACUGCGACGCCAGCGAAGAGUGGCGUGGCGAGCACGACGGUGACGCUGGAGGCGUAUCAGACGAGCGCGGCGGUUACGUGGGUGACCGGGGCGGCGCAGGUGUCGACGUUGACGGUGACGGGGUGUCCGAGUUCGAGUAGUUCAAUUACGCCGCCGUAGGCUAGUGAUGGGUAGGAGUAGUUAUGCGUAGAUUUCCAAAGGAGCAAAUUGCCGAAGGGCGUUUAUGCGGCACGCAGUCUACGGCCCUGAGAAGUAGCCACGCAAUUUAUAUCUAACAUUUACCGCGAAACUUUAGCCACUUCCCACGUACCUGCAUCCAAAGCUUCCCAUAAUCCUUCCUAUGCCCACCCCAUCUCUCUCUCUCUCUCUCUCUCUCUCUCUCUCUCUCUCUCUACCCCUUCCGUGUGCCAUUACCUCCAGAAGAAGUACUAGUCCUCUUCACCAAAAACGCCCCCCGCUCAAUCGUAUUCACGAAAACAUACUCCUUCAAAUACGCAAAACUACUCCAGCUCCCCACAAAAUCAAUCACCCCCCCAUUCACCUCCCCAUCAUCCUCAGGAUACACAUCGAAAAACCCCAGCUCCUUCACCCCCCCGCCCGUCGGAUCCCGCGGAAUACUACUCA